AUGAAAGUAAUACCUGAGAAAUAUUUGAGAUUAGGUAUCUUAAAAGAAUUAAAUGAUAGCAAGGCACUAUUCGAAGAAAUUAAAAAUAUGCUCAACUUGUUCUUCAAUGAAGAAGAUUGGUAAGGCUAAGUUGAUGAUAUAUAAGAAAUUUUUAAGAGAAUUCUAUAAGAGUAGGAGCAUGUACAAUCUGUUAGAUAACAGGCAGUCGAACAACAGAGAGUUUUGAUUUUGAAUAAUUAUUGUGUACUUUUAUUGCAGCUAUAUUAGAUAACAAAAUAUUUUGAUCUAUUAGAUGAGUCUCUAUACAAUUAAUUAUUUUCUUCUAUAUUAAUGGCUUCAAAGCAGUAUACUUUAAUUAACAAUGCAGGUAUUACCUAUUUGUUGGAACUUGUAAAAGAUACUCUUUAUAAUUCUAACAUUCUUACCUUUAUAGACUAUGAAUCUCUCCUUGAAUUCGUUAAUCAUAUAUGUUCAAUAAACAUUGAAAAAAACUAUUAAUCAGGGUAGCUUAUUGCGAGUAUCCUAUACACUAUCAUGUUUAAGUAAAUAAAACUCUCUAAUACUAGUAAUAAUGAUGAAAAUAUGUAUCUGGAAGAAUUCAAAGCUGUAAAGAAAUACAAACCCAACCCAGAGUUGGAAUAAAUAUUUGAGAUAAUAGUUUAUCUAUUUAACAGAGAAAGAAAAAGUAAUACUGAAUAUACAAGUAGAUGGAUUAUAGCCAAAUGUCUUUCAAAGGAGGUUUCUCAAGACUAAAAUCUUAUCUCUGAGCUUGUCAAUUUCUGUUUAGAAAUACUUGAAAAUGGACAUCGAUCAAUUGAAGACAUAUAUGUGCUAGAGUUUUUGUACCAUCUGCACAAAAAUGGUAUCUCCUAAAUAAAGGAAGUGUCAUAUUUCUUAAAUAAUGUUUUAUCUAACAAAAAAAACUAAAAGCAUUAAAUAGGAGACACCAGAUAAAUCUACUUACUGUUUGGUAGAAUGAUAUCUUCACAAAAGUAAAAGCAAGCUGAUUUUUUAAAUGCAGAAAUCAUGAAUAAUUUCUUGAAUUCUCUGAGCAUGAAAAAUAUGGCACAAUUCCGAUAGGAUCUUCUAAGAUUAACUCUUAAAUUUAUCAAAAACAACCAAAAUUAUUAAAUGCUUAAAAAAGCUCCACUUUCAAUGGAAACAGAAACAUUCAAGGUAUCAAAUUACGUGGUAAAAGCAGAGAGCACCUUAUUGGGUCUUUUAGAUAGCUCUUCAUUGCUUCCUUUUGAAGAUAAAAGAAAAAUAGUUGAUAUGAUUCAUGAUGUAUCGAUUUAAAAGAGUGACACUUUUAGUUAGUUUUUUUAUGAAGAAUUUUUGAAUAUUUUCAAGAGUAACGAUUGUUAAGAUUUGGAUAUUAUUAUGUAUUGCAAGCAGUGUCUUGGAGAUAUGUACUAUUUUAUUGUUGCAAAGUAAUUUUGUGAAGAGGAAAUUAUUGAUUUAAAGACUUUUGAUGACAGAUUAAGCUAUAUUUUUUAGAAGUAACUUGAGAGAGCUAACGAAUUUCAUACUUUCGUCCUUAAAUGCUUGGUUAUUGAAUGCUUAUAGUAGAAAAAAGAUCAUUUGUUUUGUAUUUUAGAUGUACUUUAAAUUAUAAUAUUCCCUUUGCCAACUACAAAAUACAACCCUUUCUAAGCUUUGGUUGGGUUUGUAUUUAAUACUUAUCAGUAUUUUUACUAAGAAGAAUAUUUUGAUUUAAAGACUAUAAAUAAUAAUUUAAGGCUUUCUGAUUCUAUAAAAUAUGAAGAAUUUAUUUAUAAAGUGCUUGGAAAUUAGUGGAGCAUGGAUUUAGAUAUCUUUUAAAAAAAGAGUUUUUUAAUUCAUAAAGGAUUAGAAAGGAUUUAUAAAAUAAUAAUGAAAUCUUAAGCUAUUUUUGAGCAUAUAAUAUACGUUGAGGAUGAUGAAUUAUUUAACAAAUAAAAAUGUCUGAAAUAUUUUGGAAAAUACAUGAAAAGCUUCAAAAACUUUAAGAGUGAAUUAUUUAUCAGCACACUAAGAAAACACAAAUAAAUAAUUCAAGAUUUAUAUAGCCAGUACAAUAAUAUUAUAACAUCAGAUAUGCAUGAUGAAAAUGAUCAACAAUCAUCUAAAUUUUAACAGAUAAUGCAAAUAUUUUAAAAAAUUGUUUCUAUUGAUCCUGAAUUAAAAAUGGGAGAUUAAUUUAUCAAAAUUAUUUUCUUUAAUUUCUUUAACUAAAAAACAAUAUAAACUAUUUUCAAUGAAUCUUCUAAAUAAUUUAAAGAAGGGAAUAUCACUGUCUAUGAAAGUCUUCUUUAUUUUUUAAUAACAGUCAAAAAGUAAAGUUAAUAAGAUAAAGACCUUUUAAAGCAUAUUACAAGUUAGUUCAUUGAAUUUUUUAUUGAUAACUAUAAGGAUAUGAAAAAUUUAAUUAGCUUGUAUCCAGGUAAAAUGAAUCUUAAGUAGCACUAAAUUAAAAUUAUUGAUUACAACAUUCACUUGCUCUCACUGCUUGAUAUUGAAUAAGAAUUUCCCUCUAGAAAAAAUCCUGAAGAAAUGAUUGAAAUACUUGAGAAAGACAUGGCUAGCGGAUACUUUAUACCUAAAUAGUAAAAAAGAAUUAUAAAAAUUUUAGAGAAAUUAGAUAAAAUUUGCUCAUGUAAAAAAUUUUCAGUAAAUGUGAGAAACAGUGUUGAAAAUAUUACAAAACACAAAUAACAAGUUUAUUAUAACACAUGCUAUAUUUAUUAUUCAAUGAAAAUUAGAAAUUAAAUGAUAGAUAUUAAUACCUCAAAGAGUGAUUAAGAGAUUUUUUAGUCAAUGAUCGAUAUUCUUGAAAACAGUAUAUCUACACCUAUUGCAUGGGGAAAUGUUUCGUUUGUUUGCCAUCAAAAUAUUUAGAUUUAUUUAAUUAUGAAAACUAUUGUUUCUAUGAUAGUAGAUUCUGAGAGAUUUUUAAAUACAGUUCAAUUAAAUAGAUUCCUCUCUCUCUUAAUAAGAGCUAUGUUGUCACCAAAAGAAUUCUCACCUUCAUCUAAAAUUUCAGAUGAAAAUUACUUAAAAAUAAUAUCUGCAUAUUUUUUGAUAGAGAUUUAAAUGCACAUGCAAUAAAACCCCAAAAAAUUUUUAAAUGAUAGCAGCUUUCAAAAUCCAAUUUUAGGCAAUAAUAAUUAAAUACUCAAUAGCAGCUCUUAAAAACAAAGUCCUUACAUAACUGAAGAUAUUCUGAUAUCUCUUUGCAUUUUGGGAUGCAGUGACUCAGAUCAAAUAGUAAGAAGAUGUUUAUUCCACAAAAUAGCAGAAAACACAAAUAAAUUACCUCAUCCUUAUUUAAUUUCCUUGUGUUUGUAUUUCUCUGACACUUAAGAAUCUCUUUAAAUUUUAUCUAGCACAAUUGUUCGCGCUUAUUCAGAAAGACAUUAAAAUUUCUUUUAUUCACUUUAAUAAAAUGAAGAAAAAGAUUAUUCUAGAUCUCUUUAAUAUAACAUAAUUUAUUUGUUUUACUUGUAUAUGAACCACCCUUUGUAUUUAAAUCAAGCUAAACCUUUGUGGAAAAAUUUGAUCAAAAAUAUGAAUGAAAGCUUAGAAAUAUUGCUAGUAAACAAAUCUUAGUAUCCUUAAAGCUUUGAAUUGCUUAGCUCAAUAAUUCUUAGACUAAAGUAAGCAGCCUAGCCGAAGUAGUAAUUAUCUAGUUUAUUUAAUGGAAUUAACUUUUAAUAACUAUCAAAUAUCAAGCUAAAAUAAUCGAAUGCUAAGAUAUCAAAUGAAGCUUUAAAUAAUAAGAUAAAUUCCAACAAAGAAUUUAACUAUUAAGAAAAAUUUGUCUUAUUAUGCGAAAUUGCAUUAGAUUUGAUAGUCUAAAAAUGGUCAAAUUUCAAAAAAGAUUCUACAUUGAAAACUUUCAAGUUAGACUUUAUCCUUCCAGAAUAGUAUUAUGAAUUAGUAUCUUUAUAAGCACGUAAUAUGACAGAAUCUAUGAAUUUUUCUAAAAUCUAAAAGCCUGAAGAGUUUUACUCUCAAGGAUCAAUGAAAGAGUUAUCAAAUACUAAUUUCGAUUAAGUUUCAUUUACAUCUCUGCUUAACAGGUAAUAAUAAGAAUUAUAAAAUAAUAACAAUAAUGUUGUUGGAGCUUAAGUAGCAACUCUAAAGAAAGAAGCAAGCUAAAAAGACUCAAACCAAAACAAACCAAUAAAAAAUAACACCCAAAAAAACACAAUAACUAAUUUUUUCUCAUCCUCAUCUAAACUAAAUUAAAAAAAACCUCAACCUUAAAAGGAAUAAAAUGAUACCAAAACUAUUCAAGAACCUUAAUAAAAUAAGUCCUCCGUAUAAAAAACUGAUAUUCCUCAAAAGAAAAAAAUUACUAGCUAAGAACCUAAUAAUUAAAAAAACAAAAAAAAAGCGGUGACAAAAAAUUGA